GGCAAGUGGCCAUAUUUCAGAAGAAGAAGAAGAUCAUAUGAAUGUCAAAGUCAAGUGUCAAAUCAGACAAAUAGGUAAUUGUAAAUUGUUGUAAUCAAUUAUUGUAAAGUGUAAUUAGUUGGAAUUAGUUUUUCAAUUCUUCAUAUGGCGGGUCCCUGAUUUCCGAAUAAUUGUUAUUCUUGUGCUAGGUGCAUACGACAUUCAUUACUGUUUUGCUAAAGUUUCUCUACGGGUGUAUAUGUAAAUAAACACUUGGCGGUAAUAAUAUUAUUACUUUAAUUGGCCGAAUUGUAUUGGCUGACUCCUAUUGUUACACUGAUUAACAAACAAUUCCAUCAUUGAAGUGAUGGAACAUAUUAAGACGCCAAAGGUAGAAAAUGUUCGUAUGCUAGACAGAUAUUCUAAAGCUUCUUCUCAGGGAACAUUGUAUUUAACUGCGACACACUUAAUUUUCGUAGAUCCUGAAGCUAAAAAGGAAACAUGGAUUUUACACAUGCAUAUUGCCAGUCUGGAAAAAUUACCAUUAACAACUACAGGAUCACCAUUACUCAUAAGAACCAAAACAUUUCUUUCGAGUACAUUUGUAAUCCCAAGAGAAAGGGAUUGCCAUGAUAUUUAUCUCACUUUGCAACAGCUGUCCCAGCCUAGCAAUAUUGAAGACUUGUAUUGUUUCACUUAUAAAGCUCCAAUAGAAGAAAUAUCUAAAAAUGUGGGAUGGACAUUUUUUGAUUUUCAGUCAGAAUACCAAAGAAUGGGAGUUCCUAAUGAACAGUGGUCUUUGUCUAAUUUAAAUGAAGACUAUGAGUUGUGUGAUACAUAUCCAAAACAUCUAUUUGUUCCAUAUUCCGCUACAAAAAAAACUUUAAGAGGCAGUUCUGGUUUCCGUUCAAAAGGCCGUUUACCAGUAUUAAGUUAUCUGCAUAAUAAUAAAUCCAGUAUUAGUCGUUGUAGUCAGCCACUUUCUGGAUUUAGUGCCAGAUGUGAUGAAGAUGAAUGCAUGCUUAAUCAUAUCUUGAAAACGAAUCCCAACUCCAAUUAUAUGUAUGUGGUUGAUACUAGGCCAAAAAUCAAUGCAAUGGCAAACAGGGCUACUGGAAAGGGUUAUGAAAAUGAAGCAUUCUAUGAAAAUAUUAAAUUCCAAUUUUUGGGUAUAGAGAAUAUUCAUGUAAUGAGGAACAGUAUGUUAAAAAUAGUUGAAACUUGUGAACAGAAGAAUCCUACAAUGAAUAGUUUUUUGAGUGGUCUCGAAUCGAGUGGUUGGUUGAGACACAUUAAAUCUAUAUUAGAUACUUCACUUUUUAUUGCUGAGGCACUUCAAGAAGGAAUUAGUGUAGUUGUUCAUUGUUCUGAUGGCUGGGACCGUACAGCCCAAGUUUGCUCGCUUGCAUCUUUACUGUUAGAUCCACACUACCGAACAAUAUCUGGUUAUCAGGCUCUUAUUGAAAAAGACUGGCUAGCAUUUGGACAUAAAUUCUCUGAACGUUGUGGACAUAUACAGAGUGACAGCAAAGAAAUAUCACCUGUAUUUACACAACUGUUAGAUGCCACAUGGCAAUUGAUGCAACAGUUUCCUUGUACAUUCCAAUUUAACGAGACAUUCUUGUUGACUAUUCAUGAUCAUGUUCACUCUUGCCAAUUUGGAACGUUCAUUGGUAAUUGUGAAAAGGACAGAGUUGACUUAAGGCUUUCAGAGAGGACAUACUCUUUAUGGGGAUAUAUGGCUAAUCAUCUUGAUGAAUAUAUAAAUCCACUCUAUGAUGUUAAAGACAGUCCAAAAGUUCUUAUUCCUCAAUUGAUACCACAAAAUAUAAGAUUUUGGAGAGGAAUGUAUUACAGAUUUGAAAGUGGUGUGCAUCCCAGAGAGUCUAUGGCAGAUUUAUUGCUGGCAACAUCAGAUCAUUCUUUUUCCUUAGAUGACCAUGUAAAAUACUUAACAAAGAGAAUAACGUCAGUAAGAAAUCUCAUAUCUAGAACGAUGGAAAAAAAGAAGUCAAAACCCAAAAAGGAGCAGUUGUGUAAUAAUGUUCAUUUAGACAACAAACUGGCAUAUCAGAAAUCUUCCAAAAAACUUGAGUCUUCAGAUCAUGAUCAUCCCUUAAAAGAAAGCAGCAGUCAGGCCGAAAAUGUUCCAAAAAUGGAUGAACUUUCGAAGGAAUUUGAUUCAGUAGCAAUUGACUGGAAGGCAUUGAGAAAUAUAAACGAGUGCAGUUGUUCUUCUGCAUUUGAUCAUCUCAGUAAAAAGAACCAUUGUCGGAAAUGUGGCGAAAUUUUCUGUGUAAGAUGCAUUAGUAAACAGGCAGUGCUGCCUGGCCAUAAUACACAUAAAGCUGUACCGGUAUGUAAGCCGUGUUUUGACAUUUUGGGCAACAGUAUCGACUCUUAAAUUGAAAAGAUGAAAUAUAUAAUAUUAAGAGUAUGCAUACACUUAUAAACGUAUCCAAUUAUAUGUUAAAUAUAAUUCUCCUUUAAUGUAUGUCUUCAGAAAAAAUAUAUAUGCAAUUUGCACACAUUCAGAGAUUAGGAUAUUCUGUGAUUCUUGCAGUAGGUGUCUUAUUUCAAGGGCUUAGAUUAUUUGCUAUGGUAAUUUAUAUAAGUUAUUAAUGUUUUGAUGAAAAAAUUAUAGAGAAAAAAUAUAGAACACAGCUAGUCUGAAAAA